AUGGCCAAUUUAGCGACGCUCAAUAUCAUUGUCAGACCGUCUCGCUUUAAUGACGGCUUCAUGGCCACAGAAGGAUGCGCCUCAAAAGAACCACGUGACCUCCAUCCGUCUUUUCAACAACAACAACAAUUGCGGGACAAUGGGGAAUCGGACGACUUCUCUGAAACAGAACUUGUGAUUCGCGAGGAUUUCGAAGACGGUCACCCAGUUGUCACGAACUAUCUCAUAGUUGACCCAGCAAAGCACUCCGCGCCGUCUCACUCAGACGUCAACAAGGCUAAAUCCGCAACACAACGCAAGGCACCGGAGGCACAUCACGCUGUCGAGAAGAAAAAAGACGAUCCCCCAAACCAAAAGAAACAAAACCUUGGUGGCAUAGAGGUUUGUUUCUCUGAUUUGAACAACGUCGCAGCCCUCGAUCCAACAUCCAGCAGCACGGAACAAAUCGCUCCAGAAGCAGACCGGAAGUCAGACAACCUGCGUCCUGCUUCCGCUGUAAAUUUCGCCCCGGAAGAGCGACCUCCACUGAAAGGGGCCCUGAAGAAAGCCACUUUCAAGCUUGAGGGAGAGGAUAGCCACGAAAGUACGGAGAGCUAUGCAGACAGUAGUGUCAGCGUUUUGGAGGAUUCCAACAACAACGCUGACGUCACCUCGGGAAGUCCACGCAGAGACAGUUACGUUCGCAUGAUCAGCAAAGACUCUGACAGUGUUUUCUCGGCAGAGGAUGACUUCAGAAUCCAGCAAACCGGAAAACGUCUGGCCUGUACAAUAGAUGCCCCACUAAGGAAUGGGUUGUUUAUUGUCCUGAGUGGUAUAUAUGGUAUGAUCAUCGUGGUUCUUGGCGGCGUGCUUCCAAUCGCGGAGGUUUUUGAAGGCCCGGAGAACACGUACUAUAUAGAGGGCUAUUACGUGUUCCUGUAUGUGGUCAGCAUAGCGUUCAUGGGUUAUGUCUAUCUGUAUCUGCUGAGAAGCAAACAGCCGUCAAACUCUUCCUGGAUUCCUGGAUGGCUGCUGACCUCGGCUUCACAGGCGUCCGCAGCAGCGUUACCGUCACCGGCCAGGCAUCGCCGACGCAGAAUCUCUGUGGACAUCCGCAAAAAUAAACAGACCGGAAGUUUUUAUCUGCGUCUCGGUGCAGUUGGAUUCGGUAUCGGCAGCAUGAUUCACAGCGGUCUUCAGUUCGGCGAAUACUUCCAGGUGUUGUCCGGUCCGUCGUUGUGUAGCGGACCUCUGCAGGCUCUCAAACCCAUUACCCAUCUCAUGUUCACCUUUGUCCAGCUCUACUUCAUCUUCCUCAACGCCAAGAUGUGCAUCAACAAGUUCCAGACGGUGGCUCGAUUCGGUCUGAUGCACAUGAUCGGCACAAACAUGUGUGUUUGGUUCCGGAACAUAAUCGUGGAGACCCUGCACGAGAUUCACCAGCACGAGAGCCUUCAUAACAUCCACGGCGACGCCAACAAACAUGACGUCACCGCACAUGCCGUCCAGUACCCAAAAACUUAUGACGUCAACAAAUCUGCACACUCUAUACACCAUAGAUCCGUAACCUAUGACACUGCAAGUACAGACCAGAACCUUAGUCAUCACGUCGCGACGAACGGAGACUCUUACCACCUGCCGGAAAUCUCGUGUCACUUUAAUGACGUCAUGGGUCGGGUGGUAGAACAGGCCGGUCCCUAUCUUUACCCCUGUACUAUCGAGUACAGCCUAAUAUGCGCAGGUAUUCUCUACGUCAUGUGGCGUAAUGUGGGUCGUGACCACUCUCGUCAUCUUCCUCCUGCCGUCGACGGGGAAAUCGGACUUUACAAACACCGCAUGAGCGUGGACUGUUCUAACUCUCACCGAGGCCUCUUUAUGGGAAUCUUCCUGUUCGUUUUCGCCGUGAUCUCAAUUAUAGCGUUCUUCGUGCUCAUCCGGAAAGACGGCAUGACCUACACUGCCGUGAUUUUCGUGAACUUGUGUGAGAUCACCACGUACACCUUAGGGACAGUUGCCACCGUGGUGGCAUUUCACCGGAUGCGGACGUUGUCUUACGUCAUGCGCGGCGGCAACUUGGAAGACAACCUCAUUCUGAUAUCUCUCAGCGGUGUCUACGUCUUUGCCAUCUUUAGCAUAAUCGCCGCCACCAACGACACUGAGAUGGACGGUGGAAUCUUCUUCGUCUUCGCCGAUUUGCUGCUGAUGCUACAGUCGACGAUUCAAACAAUCUUCAUGGUCAGCGGUAUGAGAAUGUACGCCACAAAAUCGGUGCAGGAAAGAGAGAAACCCGGCCGAGAGAUGGUGACCUUCCUGCUUGUGAGCAAUAUCGCCAUGUGGGGAAUGACGACGUUCGAGACGCAGAGGGCAGAACACAAUCCAAUCCAGCUUCAUUUUUACGGAUACCUGUCUUGGUCUAUACUCACCCAUAUCUCUGUUCCUCUCGCCAUUUUCUUCCGUUUCCAUUCGACAGUUUGUCUCUCAAACAUUUGGAAACAAGCUUGGAAAAAGCGGGCAGCAUUGCUUUAGGUCACUCACCAUUUUUAUUCUAGUUUAUUUUUUAUAUUCACUUCUCAGUGUCCAAUAAUUUAAAAUUUAAAGCAGAAUUUCGUAAUAACCAUUGCCGCGAAGCUUUCAUGAUGUUUUGUUAUGAUAAUCUUUUUCUCAUACAUAUAAUAAUGAUGCGAUAGACGCCCGUGUCUCAAUAUUCACGGAAGCCAAAUACUCGGAAAGCUAUAUAUUACCCUGAAUAUGAAUGCAGAAAUUUGUCAUAAAAUAUUUAAUUACUUUUUAAAUUUAUUUUACAGACCCUACCAAGCAUUAUAUAUAAUUUUAGUUAUAGUUAUAUUUGACGAUGUUAACUAUACCUUCAUCGCAUUGAACUAUACGUUAUUGUCUAAUUCUCAGUUGUCUUUUCAUUUAUUGUGAAAUAUACUAAAUACACCAAUUUUGGGGAAACUGUUUUUAGACAUAACUUGGUUAGUUUCUUUUAAAAGUUUGCAUCAGAAAGUAGUUUACUCCCUGAGCGAACAUUCUCAGAACGUAGGGUAUAGACAUUACCGCUUUAUUUGUCUCGUAGUAUCUUACUUUUUCUGUUAAAAAUCUAAAUGCAAGAAGAAAGAAUUUCAUGCAAGGGUGACGAUUGUAUGUCACUAAGUGGCUAUUUUUGUUAAAUUAUGGAAAAUAAGUGUUUCUGGAUUUUUCCAAAUUAAAUAUCUUGUAGAAGUGUUUUACAAAGAUACGUGUAAAACAGGACGCGGCAGUGGUUGAAGACGGACUGAAGUGUAUAGCUAUCAGAAAUUGUGUUUGUAUACUCAGAGAAAUUAUGUUAUUCAGUCUUUCAUUGUGCAUACGCCAUCUUGCCAUUGCAGUGUUUAUCGUCGUUAUGGAAAUUAUAUUGAUCCCUUUUUUGUGAUACAUUGCAUUUUUAUAGAGGUUAGCUGUGAUCAUAGUACACACACAUUGCAGCCUCACAGCAAAGAACUACGUAAUUUUUUCUUCUGAGCAUGGGACGCAUAUGUAAGGUUACAGCGUUCCCAGCACUACUAAUUUGCCGCCUGUAACACUUCAUUCUGCAUCAUAUUUAGUGUGCAAUGUGACAAUAAUAAAAAUAAUCUAAAGUUAGCAAUGGGAAUAUGUAGACCUGUUUGUGGAAGCAAACGUCUGGUUCAUGUUUGCACUAUUUGGUUCACAGCAGAAUGACUUGGUUCGCACGUUAUACUAGUAUUCUACACUUACAUUUUGUUUGUUACCGUUUCACAUUGAUUUCACACUCCUGUCUUUGUUGGCUUUUUAAUAGGUUUCCUGAAAUGAGUAAAUUUUCGUGCUAAUUUACCAAUGAAGUCACUGUUAUAUAAGAAAAUACUUUUUGUAGUAUAUUUUGUUUCAUUAUUUCAUAAUUCCUUGUUCCUUUGUUUUGUUUUAUGGCGUCAUUGGUCUGUAUUAGGAAGUUUACGGUAAAAACAUACUGCUUCGCUCAGUUAAAACGUGUACAUUGUUUAAUAAAUCAAAUCAUUUUAUAACAGAUUGUAGAAUUUAUGUGUAAAUAAAAGGGUCUGUC